AUGAGCGCCUCUUUGAAUUGUGACAAAACGGGACUUGUAAGGACAGAGUGCAGAUGUACAUACAACGGGACGAAGAAACUGGAAGGAAUAAGGAUUUUUGCGCUAAUGAAGGUGGGAGUACAGGCGCAUUAUUGGAGCGGGGUGCUCAUCAUGUAUAUGGGGCUGUUGGCUGCAUCGGUUAAAGCUCAAAAUUGCAGUGACACACUACACAGUCCAAAUGGGACAAUAGAAAGCCCUGGGUACCCGUAUGGAUAUCCAAACUACGCCAACUGCACAUGGGUUAUUGUGGCACAGGAACACAACCGGAUACAGUUGGUAUUUCAAGGCUUUGCUUUAGAGGAGGACUUUGACAUCCUUUCAGUUUAUGAUGGGCAGCCUAGUCCAGCAAACCUACGGACACGGUUGACAGGGUUUCAACUUCCUGCCCCUAUAGUCAGCACAGGCCCAAGGCUCACACUAUGGUUGCUGUCAGACUACGCUGUAAGCGGCCAGGGCUUCAAAGCAGUAUACGAAGGUAAUUUGUCCUACAGUUCUCGUUUUAUUGUUUUUUUCUGCCAGCUGCUCAAUGGCAUGCAGCAGGGCUCCACUUUCAACAUCGGGGACAAGAUCCGCUACAGCUGCAACCAGGGCUACGUGCUGGAAGGCCACACUGUGCUGUCCUGCCUGGCCACCUCCUCUGGCACAGCAGCCUGGGACUUCCCCCUCCCGUACUGCCGAGCGGACGAUGGAUGUGGCGGCACACUACGGGGUCAGAGUGGUGUCAUCACCAGUCCAAACUACCCGCAGGAGUAUAACAACAAUGCGGACUGCACCUGGACUGUGCUGGCUGAGCCAGGUGACACCAUCGCUCUGGUCUUCUCUGACUUUCAGUUGGAAGAGGACUAUGAUGUUCUGGAGAUAACCGGCACAGAAGCGAUCCUCCCAGUGGUGAGUGCCCAAACAUGGUUUACUGGUCCCAACCUGCCAUCACCCAUCAUCAGCAGCAAAAACUGGCUGAGGCUCCACCUCACAUCCGAUGGCAACCACAAACUCAGAGGCUUCAGUGCUCAGUACCAAGUGAAGAAAAUGACAGAACUGAAGUCCAGAGGGGUGAAGAUGCUGCCAAGUAAAGACAACCACAGCAAGAUAUCAGUUUUAUCCCAGAUGGGGGUGGCACAAGGACACAACAUGUGUCCAGACCCAGGAAUCCCAGAGAGGGGCAAAAGAAAAGGCUCAGAUUUCAGGCGGGGUGCUACUGUUCACUUUUCUUGUGAUGAAGGAUACGAGCUUCAGGGCUCCAAGAGCAUCACCUGCCUGCGAGUUACAGACAGUUACGUGGGCUGGAGUGACGACCGGCCAAUCUGCAGAGCUCCUAUGUGUGGGGGUCAACUCCGUGGACCUAAUGGCAUUAUCACUUCCCCAAACUUCCCAGUACAAUAUGACAACAAUGCUAACUGCACUUGGAUCAUCACAGCCUCCGACCCUUCCAAGGUGAUCAAGCUGACUUUUGAGGAGUUUGACUUGGAGCGUGGCUACGAUACUCUAACUGUGGGUGAUGGAGCUGUAAUCAGUGAUCAACGGACAGUAUUUCAUGUGCUGUCUGGGACCACAACCCCAGAUCUGGUGGUCAGCACCAGCCAUCAGAUGUGGCUCAAUUUCAAGACUGAUGACACCAGUGGCUCCCUGGGCUUCAAGGUUUCGUAUGAAGAAAUUGACCAGGGUGGGUGUGGAGACCCAGGAAUCCCAGCCUAUGGCAAGAGGGAAGGCUCAGGUAUCCGACAUGGUGACAAGCUAUAUUUUGAGUGCCUUCCAGCCUUUGAGCUGGUGGGGAAAAAAAACAUUACCUGCCAGAAGAAUAAUCAGUGGUCAGCCAAGAAGCCAAGCUGUGUCUUUUCAUGUUUCUUCAACUUUACAACUCCAUCUGGAGUCCUACUAUCACCGAACUACCCUCAGGAGUAUGGCAACAGCAUGCACUGUGUGUGGCUGAUCAUCGCCAAACCAGAGAGCCGCAUUAACCUGGCCUUCAAUGACCUGAGCAUGGAGAAACAAUUUGACUUCUUGUCCAUAAAAGAUGGUGGCAAGGCAGAGUCGCCCAUUCUGGGAACCUUUUCUGGAGAUGUGCUGCCAUCACCCAUCACUACCAGCAGCCAUGUGGCCCGUCUUGAGUUUCUGACUGAUCAUACAUACACAGAUCGUGGCUUCAACAUCACUUUCACCACAUUUCGGCACAACGAGUGUCCCGACCCUGGCGUUCCUGUAAACGGAAAACGUUUUGGCGAGAGUCUACAGCUUGGCAGCUCCAUUUCUUUCCUGUGUGAGGAGGGGUUUGUGAAGACCCAUGGCUCUCAAACCAUCUCCUGCAUCCUCAAAGAUGGAAAUGUUGUGUGGGACAAUGCUGUGCCACGUUGCGAAGCUCCAUGUGGUGGAAACCUGAAGGCUUCUAUUGGCAUCAUUCUAUCCCCAGGCUGGCCUGAGCUUUAUAAAGAGGCCCUCAAUUGUGAGUGGAUCAUCGAGGCCCCACCAGGAUAUCCUAUCAAGAUCAUCUUUGACAAAUUCCGAACUGAGGUUAACUAUGAUGUUCUCGAGGUACGGGAUGGCCGGUAUCCUUCUUCUCCCCUGAUUGGCAGUUAUCAGGGCACACAGGUUCCGCAGUUCCUGAUCAGUACCUCUAACUUCCUGUACCUACUCUUCACCACCGACAAGAGCCACUCCGACAUCGGCUUCCGCAUUCGAUAUGAGACGUUGCAGCUGCAGUCGGACCACUGUGUUGAUCCUGGAAUCCCAGUCAACGGUCAGCGCCAUGGCAAUGAUUUUUAUGUGGGCGCACUGGUGACGUUCAGUUGUGAAGCAGGAUACACCCUCAGUGACAAUGAGCCCCUUGAGUGUGAACCCAACUUCCAGUGGAGUCGGCCCCUCCCCAGCUGUGAUGCACUUUGUGGAGGGUUUAUUCAGGGGAACAGUGGCACCAUUCUAUCCCCUGGUUUUCCUGACUUCUACCCUCAUAACCUCAACUGUACCUGGAUGAUUGAGACUUCACAUGGUAAAGGUGUCCAGUUUUCCUUCCACACUUUUCACUUGGAGAGUCCACACGAUCACCUUUUAGUUACAGAAAAUGGUAGUUUCUCUCAGCCCUUAUGGAGACUGACUGGAUCUACAUUGCCACUCCCUCUCAGCGCUGGUCUCUUUGGCAACUACACAGCUCAGAUCCGCUUCCUUUCGGACUUCUCAGUGUCCUAUGAGGGCUUCAACAUCACUUUCUCAGAAUAUGAUCUGGAGCCUUGUGAAGAUCCCGGUGUUCCCCCCUUCAGCACCCGUAAGGGGCUGCAGUUUGGGGUGGGGGACGCUCUCAUCUUCUCCUGUUUUCCGGGGUACCGUCUGGAGGGACCAGCGAGGGUGGUCUGUCUAGGGGGGCGUCGGCGGGUGUGGAGUUCCCCUCUGCCAAGGUGUGUUGCUGAAUGCGGGUCAUCUGUUACUGGAAAACAAGGAGUCUUACUCUCUCCUAACUACCCUGGUUACUAUGGUAACAACCAUGAGUGCAUCUACUCCAUCCAAACCCAGCCCGGAAAAGGGAUCCAGCUCCGAGCAAGGGAUUUCCAUCUGGAAGAGGACGAUGUGCUUAAGGUGUAUGAUGGGAGCAGUAACAAUGCCCGUUUGCUGGGUGCCUUCACGGACACAGAGCUAAUGGAUGUCACUCUGAACAGCACUUCCAGCACCAUGUGGCUGGAGUUUAUCAGUAACAGUGACAAUAUAAGCAAAGGCUUUGAGCUGCACUUUACCAGUUUUGAAUUGGUGAAGUGUGAAGACCCAGGGGUGCCUCAGUUUGGAUUUAAACGGGAAGACAAAGGUCACUUUGCGGGAAGUACAGUGUCAUAUAGCUGUGACCCUGGCUACACUUUAAAGGGCCCAGAGGUGCUGACAUGUCUCAGAGGGGAGAGAAGAGCAUGGGACAACCCCCUCCCACUGUGUGUCGCCGAGUGUGGAGGAACGAUUAAAGAUGAGCCCAUGGGCCGGAUUCUGUCUCCUAGUUACCCAGCGCCUUAUGAGCACAACUUGCACUGUAUCUGGACCAUUGAGGCGGCACUUGGAAGCACCAUCGGGAUGCAUUUCCUGGUCUUCCAUACAGAGGAGGUACAUGAUGUUUUGCAGAUUUGGGAUGGGCCUCAGGAUGGAGGUGUGCUCCUUAGAGAGCUGAGUGGCUCUACACUUCCCCCAGACCUCCACAGCACCUUUAACUCGGUCAGCCUGCAGUUCACAACUGACUUCUUCACCAGCAAGCAGGGUUUUGCUCUGCAGUUCUCAGUUUCAACUGCCACUUCCUGUAAUGAUCCUGGCAUUCCAACUAAUGGCACUCGCAUUGGAGACAGCCGAGAGCCAGGGGAUCGUGUGCUGUUUCAGUGUGAUGCCGGAUACAUUCUAAAGGGGGCGACCAAGAUCACCUGUACCGAGAUCAACAACCGUUUCUUCUGGCAGCCUGAUCCACCCACCUGUUCUGCUCCAUGUGGAGGAAAUCUGACUGGCCCUAGUGGACUGAUCCUGUCCCCUGAAUACCCAGAGCCCUACCCCCAUGGCAGAGAAUGCGACUGGACAGUUAGAGUAACUCUUGACCACAUCAUAUCGCUCAACUUCAAUCACUUUAGCCUAGAGCCGAGCUAUGACUUUCUGCAUGUCUAUGAUGGGCCUGAUUCUCUCAGCCCACUGCUGGGCAGCUUUUAUGGCGCAGACGUCCCUGAACGCAUUGAAAGCAGCUCCAACACGCUCUUCCUCGCCUUUCGCAGUGAUGCCUCACUUAGCAGCAAUGGAUUUGUCCUGCAGUACAAGUCUUUAUUUUCAUCAACAGAAAAUCCCAGAGAGUCAUGCUUCGAGCCGGGUCUGGUGCGCAAUGGAACUCGUGUUGGCACUGAGCUUAAGCUGGGGGCAACUGUCACCUAUUACUGUGACAGUGGCUAUACACUAGAUGGAGAUGCCACUCUCUCCUGCAUCAUGGGCGGAGACAGCAAGCCCGAAUGGAACAAACCAAAGCCUGUUUGCAAAGCUCCAUGCGGUGGUCAGUAUUCUGGGUUAGAGGGGGUAGUGCUCUCCCCUGGUUACCCUGGAAACUACAGCAGUGGGAGAACCUGCCUCUACUCUGUCAUUGUGCCGAAAGACUAUGUGGUGUUCAGCCAGUUUGCGUUCUUCCAUACUGCACUAAAUGAUGUUGUGGAGGUAUAUGAUGGACCUACCCAGCAUGCCCGUGUCCUGAGCUCUCUCUCUGGAGCACACACAGGUGAAUCAUUGCCGCUAGCCACCUCCAACCAAAUCCUCAUACGCUUCUUGUCCAAGGGUCAGUCAAGCUCAAGGGGUUUUCACCUGGUCUACCAAGCUGUUCCAAGGACCAGCGCAACCCAGUGCAGCUCGGUCCCUGAGCCCAGGCACGGCAGGCGCACAGGAAACAACUUUGCGGUUGGAGCUGUGGUUAGUUUCGAGUGCAAUGCAGGAUAUGUCCUGGAGGGGCCCAGUGCCAUAGAGUGCCUGACUGUACCCAAUGCUCUGGCCCAGUGGAAUGGCAGCAUGCCCAGCUGCAUUGUGCCAUGUGGAGGGAAUCUAACCCAGCGUAUAGGCACUAUUCUGUCCCCUGGCUACCCUGAGCCCUACCUAAACAGCCUGAGCUGCGUGUGGAAGAUCACUGUGCCUGAGGGAAUGGGAAUCCAGAUCCAGGUGAUUAGCUUUGUGACUGAGCAGAACUGGGACUCUCUUGAGGUGUUUGAUGGUGGUGACAACACUGACACCAUGCUGGGGAGCUUCUCAGGUACAACAGUCCCAGCCCUCCUGAACAGCACCUCCAACCAGCUUUACCUGCACUUUUUCUCAGACAUCAGUGUUUCUGCUGCUGGUUUCCGCUUGGAGUAUAAGACUGUGUCCCUCACAAGCUGUCCUGAGCCAGUUGUACCCAUGAAUAGCUUCAAAGUGGGUGAGAGGCUACAGAUGAACAAUGUGGUGUCCUUCCAGUGUGACCCUGGUUAUACUCUGCAGGGAGUCUCCCAUAUCUCUUGCAUGCCAGGGCCUGUGCGCCGUUGGAACUAUCCACCUCCUCUCUGUAUUGCUCAGUGUGGGGGGAUCAGAGAGGUGAUGGAAGGCACCAUACUUAGCCCUGGUUUCCCUGGAAACUACCCAAGCAACAGUGACUGCACAUGGAGGAUUUACUUGCCAGUUGGAUAUGGAGCUCAUGUGCAAUUCCUCAACUUUUCCACUGAGGCCAACCAUGAUUUCCUGGAAAUUAGGAAUGGUCCUUUUGACACCAGCACUGUGAUUGGCAGAUUCAGUGGGCAGGACUCACCACCCUCUCUUCUAACCACCUCCCAUGAGACCACAAUAUAUUUCCAUAGCGAUCACUCUCAGAAUAAGCCUGGCUUCAGAUUUGAUUAUCAGGCCUAUGAACUUCAGGAGUGUCCUGACCCUGAACCCUUUCGCUAUGGUGUGGUGGUGGGGGCUGGUUACAAUGUGGGCCAAUCCAUCUCAUUUGAAUGCUAUCCAGGGUAUCAACUGAUGGGGCACUCCUUUCUUACCUGUCAGCAUGGCACAAACCGCAACUGGGAUCAUCCGUUUCCUCACUGUGAAGUGCCCUGUGGAGGUAAUAUUACAUCAGACAAUGGCACAAUCUUCUCCCCUGGUUACCCAGAGGACUACCCCACUUCUGCAGACUGCAGCUGGCUGAUUACAGUUGCACCUGGCUUGGGCAUUCAGCUUAAUUUCACCCUUCUGCAAGUCCAUGGCCCACAGGACUUCAUCUCUGUCUGGGAUGGACCUCAGGAAACAGCUCGCAAAUUGGGAGUGUUUACCGAGGGAGAACCCAAUAACCCACCCAGCAGCACAUCGAAUCAAGUUUUAAUACGUUUCCGGAGCAACUCUGAAAAAGGCGGACUGUUCAAGAUCAACUACCAAACCUAUAGACUUCAGUUUUGUUUGCCACCCCCCAUCAUUCCAAAUGCAGAAAUUCUGAUGGCCAGCAAGGAGUUUAAGAUUGGUGACAUUGUGCGCUACAGGUGUUUGCCAGGAUAUCAGUUAAAUGGGAACAGCAUUCAAACCUGUCGCCUGGGGACACACCUGGAGUUUGAAGGGCCUCCUCCAUCAUGUGAUAUUACUUGUCCAGUGAACGACGUGCUAACAGCCUCCACUGGGAUAAUUCUGAGUCAGUCACCUGGCUACAGCCUCCCGCAUUUUGAGUCCUGCUCUUGGGUGGUGAAGGUGGAGUCGGGUUACAACAUCACAUUCAAUGUUGAAAACUUCCAGACCAGCAGGCAGUUUGAUGAACUGGAGAUCUAUGAUGGUCCCUCGAGACAGAGUCCGCUGCUUAUUUCUCUGAGUGGGAACUUUUCAUCUCCCCUCAGUAUUACCAGUUCGUCAAACAAGGUUUAUCUGCACUGGUCCUUUGAUCACACCUCCAGCCACAAGGGUUUUCGUAUCCGCUACUCAGCGGCAUACUGCAGCACCCCAUACCCUCCCGUGAAUGGCUCUGUACACAGCCAGACAGGCACAAAGCUGGGAAGCACCUUGCGCUUCAACUGCGACCGAGGCUUCAACCUGAUUGGCCAGAGCACUGCCACCUGUACUCGAACCCCACAGGGCAUCUACCAAUGGAAUGCUCCAGUGCCGCUUUGCCAAGUUGUGUCCUGUGGGAUGCCCAUUGCUCCGGUGAAUGGCACUAUCGUCGGGGAGCACUUAACUGUUGGCUAUAGGGUCACGUUCUCUUGCAACCCUGGUUUCCGACUGGCUAACACUCAACCAGUGUCAACGGUUUGCCAAGAGUCAGGGAGAUGGAGCACGAUCGAGACCCGCCCUCGCUGUGUCCCUGUUACCUGCCCUGACAUCGGCCACUCUGCAGUGGAUCAUGGGAGAUGGAGACUUAUCUACGGCAUGCAGAAUAAAUAUGAGGCCAUGAUGAUGCUGACCUGUGACCCUGGAUAUUUCUACAAGGGGCAAAGGGUCAUCCGUUGCCAGGCUAACGGCACAUGGGAUUACCCUCAACCCAGAACGUACUGUGAAAUUAUAUCAUGUGGGGACCUUGGCACUCCUCCGAAUGGGAAUAAGAUAGGAACAUUGACUGUAUAUGGAGCUACAGCAAUUUUUUCCUGUAACACUGGGUAUACUCUGGUGGGCUCCAGAGUGAGAGAGUGCAUGUCCAACGGCCUGUGGAGUGGAGCUGAGGUCCAGUGUCUUGCUGGACACUGUGGCACACCUGAGCCUAUUGUGAAUGGUCAGAUAAUUGGAGAAAACUACAACUACAGAGGUAGUGUUGUUUACCAAUGUAAUCCUGGAUUCCGACUUAUUGGUGUGUCAGUCCGCAUCUGUGAGCAGGACCACCGCUGGUCUGGAAAGACUCCUGUCUGUGUCUCUAUCACCUGUGGACAUCCAGGCACCCCUGGUAAUGGUGUGACUCAGGGAACGCAGUUUAACCUGAACGACAUUGUGCGUUUUUCCUGCAACCCUGGUUAUGUUCUGCAGGGAGCGAUCAAGUCUCACUGCCAGCCAAAUGGCCAGUGGAGCAACACUGUACCCAGGUGCAAAAUUGUGAACUGCACUGAUCCAGGACAUGUUGAGAAUGGUGUCAGACAGGUCCUGCCCAGCGGGCCUCAUCGUUACAGUUUCCAGACCACAGUCUCUUACACCUGUAACCCUGGAUACUACCUUCUGGGCACCAGCACUCUGAGCUGUCAGGGAGACGGCACGUGGGACCGCUCCCUACCCAAGUGCCUCUUGGUCCUCUGCGAUCGUCCCAGCAUGCCUCCAUAUGCACAGAUCUCUGGGGACAGACGCACAGUGGGCUCCGUUAUACGCUUUAGCUGCAUUGGCCAGCGAACCAUUGUGGGCAAUACCACCCGCAUGUGCCAGCUGGAUGGCCAAUGGAGCGGCUCCCUACCACACUGCUCCGGGGAUUCUGCUGGUCUGUGUGGAGACCCUGGUGUUCCGGUGCACGGUAUCCGUCUGGGAGAGGAGUUCUCCGUACGGAGUGUUGUACGAUUCAGCUGUGAGUCUGGCUACAUUCUGAAGGGCUCCUCUGAACGAACCUGCCUGGCUAACGGCUCCUGGGUGGGCAUCCAGCCCGAGUGCCAUGUGGUCUCAUGUGGCAACCCUGGCACUCCUCGCAAUUCAAUAAUCCAAUUCCAUGAUGGACUUGUUUUCUCCCGCUCUAUCACCUAUGCCUGCAGAGAAGGCUUCUACUCCACUGGCCUGCUCACCCGUCAUUGUACCGUCAACGGCACUUGGACCGGGGAUAUGUUGGAAUGCACAGUCAUUAACUGUGGAGAUCCUGGAGUGCCUUCUAAUGGUAUCAGACUGGGCAGUGACUUUACCUAUGGCCACACUGUGAGCUUCCAGUGCUCACCAGGCUUCACUAUGGAUGCUGACCGUGCCUCCACACUCAUCUGCACCAAGGACCGCACCUGGAAUGGCACCAAGCCUGUUUGCAAAGCCAUUGUGUGUGCAGCUCCACCCAGUAUCCCUAAUGGACAAGUGGUGGGUUCUGACUACCAGUGGGGCUCAAGCAUUAGCUAUGCCUGUAAUCAGGGUUACCAGCUUUCUCUUCCAACCAUCCUCACCUGCCAGGGCACUGGAAACUGGAGUGGCGAACGUCCUCAAUGUUUUCCUGUAUUUUGUGGAGAUCCAGGAAUUCCAGCCCAGGGCAAGCGGGAAGACCGAGGGUUCACUUACCUGUCCUCUGUUUCCUUCUCAUGUUACCCACCUUUGAUUCUGGUAGGCUCUGCUCGCCGUUACUGCCAAUAUGACGGAACCUGGAGUGGAAACCAGCCAUCGUGUAUAGAUCCUAGUCACACCAACUGUGUAGAUCCUGGAACUCCUCUAUUUGGACAUCAGAACAACUCUCAAGGCUACCAGAUUGGCAGUUCAGUAUACUACAGCUGCAGAAAGGGCCACAUUCUCCUUGGCUCCAUCUCUCGUAGCUGUCUGCCCAACCUCACCUGGAGUGGCAUGCCGCCUGAGUGCAUUGCUCAUCACUGUAAUCAGCCUGAACUCCCCACACAGGCAGAUGUAGGUGCUAUAGAGCUGCCAUCUCUGGGUUAUACGCUUAUCUACACCUGUCAGCCUGGCUUCUACCUGGCUGGAGGGUCUGAGCACCGCACCUGCAGGGCCGAUGGCAGCUGGACAGGGAAGCCUCCUCUGUGUACACCUGAUAACAGACCAAGCGGGAAAACAAUUGGAACUGUGCAAGAGCCUCCCAACACCAAGCUACCUGUGCCAAGUGGAGUAUUUGCUAAGAACUCUCUUUGGAGGGGUUCUUAUGAAUAUCUAGGAAAGAAGCAGCCAGCAAUGCUGAGUAUAACUGCUUUUGAACCAUUCAGUAAUCGGGUCAACGGCACUCUCAUGGACCACAGCGGUGUACAGCUCAAUCUAGCUGGUACUUUUAAGAAGGAAGAGGACCAGCUGUUGCUGCAGGUGUAUCAGAUCCGCGGGCCUGUGGAGAUCUUUGUUAACAAGUUCAAAAUUGACAACUGGGCUCUGGAUGGACAUGUGUCAUACAUGCCUUCCUCUGACACUUUUGUGUACCAAGGCUUUGUUAGAGGAAAAGGCUUUGGCCAGUUUGGACUUCAGAGGCUGGAGGGGCUUGAUCCAAAUGGGGAGAAUCCAGGCUACAACUUUGCCUCCAAUAGCAGUUCAGUGGCAGCAGCCAUUUUAGUGCCUUUUAUUGCUAUGAUCAUAGCAGGCUUUGCACUCUAUCUCUACAAACACAGGAAAAGGCCCAAAGUACCCUUCAAUGGUUAUGCGGGCCAUGAGAACACCAACGGAAGGGCGACCUUCGAGAACCCAAUGUAUGACCGCAACAUCCAGCCCACUGACAUCAUGGCAAAUGAGACAGAGUUCACGGUCAGCACGGUAUGCACAGCAGUAUAGCGACCGCUUUCUUCAAAGGUUGUUCUCCACACAGCAGUUCUCAUAGUUAUGAAUGGGCCAAAUGGAUGAACUAAAGAGGAGGAUUGUGUGUGUGUGUGUU